AAACACGCCUAACACUCCAAAAGUCCUUUAGUCUCUCUCACAAAAACAUACACAUACUGACAUACAUAGAGACACAGGCCUCAUCCAUGGCUUUAAUCACAUCUCCACCAUCCAAUCCCAAAGCCCACCAAUUUUCUCCUCCCCACUGCGCAACCCGCCGGCCAGGACAGGCUGAAUUAGUCCCAGAUAUAACUAGUGCAGCACUGGUAGAUGCAGCAGAGUCAAAACCAGAGCCAGAGGCAGCAAAGUUUAAGAGAAUUUUGUUAUCGGACGUUGUCGUGAAGAGUCAAAAGAGAGUCUUUUUUGGGAGGAAAUGGAACGCUUAUGAUUUGGCCACUGCUUCUGUUAUUUUGGCAAUGCAUUGCCUUUGUCUUUUUGCACCGUUUCAAUUCAAUUGGAGGGCACUUUUGGUGGCUGUGGCACUGUACGUCGUGACUGGUCUUUUUGGUAUUACUUUAUCAUUUCAUAGGAAUCUCUCACACCGGAGUUUCAAGGUUCCUAAAUGGCUUGAGUAUUUCUUUGCCUAUUGUGGUACUCAGGCACUUCAGGGGAGCCCAAUUACCUGGGUGAGCACACAUAGGUACCACCACCAGUUUGUUGAUUCUGAGAGAGACCCACAUAGCCCCACUGCUGGAUUUUGGUUUAGUCACAUUGGUUGGCUCUUUGAUACCACUUCUAUUAAUGAGAGGUGUGGAGGACCAAACAAUGUUGGGGAUUUAAAGAAGCAGCCCUUCUAUAUGUUUCUUGAGAAGACUUACGUUAUUCAUCCUAUUGCACUUGGUGUCCUGCUAUAUGGCUUGGGAGGAUUCCCUUUCCUUGUGUGGGGAAUGGGUCUGAGGGUUGUAUGGGUUUACCACAUCACUUGGCUUAUAAAUUCGGCUUGCCAUGUAUGGGGAAAGCAACCAUGGAAAACUGGUGAUUUGUCUAGGAACAACGGGUGGGUGGCAUUAGUUUCAUUUGGAGAGGGGUGGCAUAAUAACCACCAUGCUUUUGAGUACUCAGCUAGACAUGGCCUAGAAUGGUGGGAGCUCGACAUGACUUGGUAUGUAGUAAAACUUCUACAAGCUAUUAGAUUGGCAACUGAUGUGAAGGUACCAACUGAGGUUCAGAAGAAAAGGAUGGCCAUUUAAAAGUGGGCUUUAUACAUGUGCUUGGUUAGGCAAUUGAAUUUGGCCAUUUCGUGAUUCUGUAAGUGUCAAAUAUCAUAUGGUAUGAUAAAUAUAUUGUGGAUGCUAAAGUUAUUAAAUAAUGUAUACAAAUCAUAUCUAUUAUUUUUUUUUC